AUGAAAUGGCACUUAGUGUCUCUCUCAGUGGUCGCUGACAACGCUAUCCUCUCGAGACUGGAACUCGGCAGGCCCACAGGGUGCAUUCUGCUAUUCGUCGACCUUCGCUUUGCAAGCCCUUCGAACCACCACACUUCCUGGAGACUGGAAGUGCUAGCCUUUCUCCUAAUAUCGUUCCGUGCCUUUUACCAGACGACUCUCCUUCAGAUGUGCAGGGAGGGUCUUUGCAUCGGCAUUGCAGGACAAGCCCGUGUUUGGAUUCCAAAUAAUGACUCACGAGGCUUGGCUAUGGCCAGAGCUUUUUGUGACUUCUGCCUGAAGGAUUUUGGGUUGAUAUCUGUUCCUGACAUUUUCUAUCGUCGACUAACGGAAGGAGACGAGCUCAUCAUCCUCGCAACCGAUGGGCCUGGGUAUGGGAUGUUCUCUCGAACAAGGGAAGCUGUUGACAUCAUGGCUUCUGCCCCUGGGAGGGCAACCGCUAGCUGCCCACGCUCUCGUGGGCUGUGCGGUUCGGGCUUGGAGGCUCAAGUACCCCAGUUCGAAGAACGAUGAUUGUGCUGCGGUGUGCCUCUUUCUGGAUCACAAGCCCUCAAAUCUAAAUCCAGGACACCCCAGAUGAACCAUGCGCAGCUCCUCUGGAGGAGGAUACAGUAGAGAAGACAACAAUGCCUACCCUCGAGAAAGUACCGCAAGGUCUGGACACCUAUGAUGAUGCUGGUCCUGAUCAUCAUCCGGUCCUUGAGCGGUUGGGGACUAUGCUCCAAUGAGAUUGUCCCAGUCUCUGAACUAACAGAGGAGGAGGAGGAGGAGAAGCCCGUUAAUUCACGUCUUGGGCAGUCCAAGAGAAGCCUAGCGGAAAGCAUCGCGAACAGCGAAGAUGACGAGUGGUCAGCCUUAGAAGGCGUCGCUCGGGUCAACAGUCUAUGCAGCCUUCCUAGGUUCUUGUCAGGUGAUGCGAGAUCGACGAGUUGGAGAAGGGGGCUAUGAAACUGCCUAAAGCUACACCACUGCGGGAGAAAAUACCCUCGAAAGGCCAGAUCUCCUCGACACGAGCCGGACCUUUCAUAUAUCGAUUCAGCGAUGCGAAUGUACUGGGCUUAAGGGGCUUGACUAUCGGAUUGAUAAAGGGAACGCGGAAAUCGAUGGGCUUCGGGUUUUGGAUGUUCACUUUUUUCCUUCAGUUGUCUUGACAUUUUGUCACGGUAUUUAGUUUUGGAAUGGUCGGCGUAGCGAAGGGAAAUCAAUGCAAAAAGAACAUUAGUCA